AUGUUCAUGCACUGUGAAACCACGGUCAGUACCUUUAGUACGCCCAACGAAGUUAUACAUCUAGCGGCUGGCCUGCAAUUUGCCAGGGUUAAGACUGUAGUUGGGACAUUAUGGAAGGUCAAUGAUAGCACUGCGCAGUGUUUAGUCGAGGCAUUCUACAAAAGCUUGUGUGGGGAUGGCACAAUGAAUUCCAAACGAGCUGCCCGAGUGCUGCACCAAGCAGUCCAGCGGUUGGCCUGCGACAGGGACAUGCCUUUAGACUAG